AUGCCUAUGUUCGCGUCCACCUUCCGCUGGCUGCAGCGCAAGAGGUACCAGUACGAGUCAAAGGUCACAUUCUCCUUAUACAUGUUAACCCCGACCGAGAAGUUUAUAUUCAGUUCGUUCCCCCAAUCUCCUCACUAUCCUUCGUCCUGCCCCCCGAUAACGGCCCACUUCAACUCUUUCCUCUUCCUCUUCUUCAGCAUGGUCAUAAUCGCCUUGACUCUCUAUCUCCCCCACCACCUGACCUUCCUCACCAACCGAGCCUGGUUCUACUACAACGGAGACGAGAGCGCGAAGUCAUCCGUAAAUGCGGUCCUGAAUAGCGCGACGACUGCCAUUGCACCUGUUGUGGGGGAUUCGAACAUUUUGGUUGCUCCGAAGGGGUUGUAG